UGUUUAAUAGGUUUUUCCUUAAUUUCUCCUUAUUAUCCAAGAUAUUUGCUUAUCCAAGCUUCUGCCGGCCCGUUUAGCUUGGAUAAGUGAGACUCUACUGUAUUAUUAUUAUUAUCAUCUACACUGCCAUAUAAUCCAGUCAAAGUCCUAUGCUUAAACUACUACAUGGAAUUAUAGUGUUGUAAAUGUGCAGUGUGAAAAGGGCCACUGCUUUGUGCAACCAACUGACAAGAACCAGAAAAAUUAUUCUCCCGCACAAAUCCUAAUUCAGCACUAGAUAUAUCUGGAUGGAGACAUUGUGAGAUUGUGACUCCCAUCAGCCAUAACAGGUGUAGUCAGAAGUGAGUGAUGCCAUGAAUUGCAAUCCAGCAACCACUUGUGGAUCUUCUCCUUGUAGAUCCACAAUAGUUGUUUCCACAACAAUUUGUGGAAAGAACCUUUGUUUUCAGCCCAUUUUUUCCAAUUAUCACAGGGAUAGGAAGUGAGGGAAAAUCUUCUGAACAGGUUCAUAAACUGCAAAACAAGCACCACAGGGGCAUUAACCCUUCCUUUAGCUCUCCAAACCAUCAACCCAUAUAAAAAACAAACAUACAGAAUCUAUCCUGUUUGUAACUUGGGGAUGGCCUGUAUUGCUCUCCGCAUUCUGGUGCAAUACUCAAAUCAGCGGAGGCCUUUCCACAUUGGCAUAUUAUGUAGUUUCAGGAUGCAGUUUAACUGUAUUGAAUUGCAUUAUAUGGCAAUGAGGUAUUACCUAAUCCAGUUCAAUGCAGUUAAACUGCAUUCUGAAACUGCAUUACAUGGCAGUAUAUGAGAGUGAGUUGAUACCGUGAACUGAAGCAGUUCAUGGCUCUGAUUCUAGCUUUUAAUCUAAACUUCUGAGUUGAUUUCUAUGGCGUUGAACUCUUCCUUCUAAAUAAUUCCAGUACCUUUGACAGUUCAAACUAAAACCCAGACUGGAUUUAUCAUUCACUUCUUAGACUUUGGAGGCACCAACUGCUGGCUUUUACAGGAUUUGUGCAAACAAAUAACAAGAGGGAGAGGACUCCUGUCCCAAUGCAAAGCAGAACAUACACUAUUCUAACAGCAAUUAUUGCAUUUUAGGGGUGCAUUUACAGGAUCAGAAUGCUCAUUAAACUGGUCUCUUAUGUCUACUAGCCAUUUUAUUACUGAAUGUGAAGUCGCUCCAGUAGUCUGAGUAUGGGAAAGAGGGGGGUUUACAUUCAGUGCUCUUUCUGCAGCUUUUAAAAGCCUGCAUAAUUGCAUCCUUCAGAGUGAGAGCGUGCAAACCACACUCGCAGCAGGGAACACGUGGGCAGAAAUGCAGAGCCUUUGUGUGUGUCGCUGCUGCAUUCGGGAAGAGGCCUUUUUGCACAGCUGCAAACCAGCUGUGCUAAUCCGUUGCAAAGGAGGAUGUGGACUGGAAGAGACUGCAAAACAGAGGUAUUUUGACUUUUAUGAAGGCCCUUUAGAGUUCAACUCCUCAAAAUGCCUGGAACUGAGAAAGGGCAUCACUGAUGUGAAGGUGCUCUCAAUGGUGAAGCAGACGGAAUUGUUUGAAAGGUGGAAGAACCUUCAGAUGUGCAAAUGGGAGAUGAAUAUCACCCAAGCCAACAUCUUCAAAGCUACAUUGCUUAGGUGCUGUAAUGCCCCAGCCUUCCUGUUCACCACUCAGAAGAACACUCCCUUGGGGACAAAACUGAAAUACGAGGUGGAUACAAGCGGGAUCUUCCACGUCAACCAAGAAACAUUCAGAAUGUUUCCACAGGAGAUGCCAUACUCUCGUUCCCAGUUUAAAAAAUGUGCCGUGGUUGGAAAUGGAGGGAUUCUGAAGAACAGCCGAUGUGGACGGGAGAUUGACAGUGCGGAUUUUGUGUUCCGGUGUAAUUUGCCUCCCAUCUCAGAAAAAUACAUUGCUGACGUUGGAGUAAAGACUGACAUUGUGACAGUUAAUCCCAGCAUAAUUACCGAAAGGUUCCACAAACUAGAGAAGUGGAGGAAGCCCUUUUUUAAUGUCCUGCAAACAUAUGAAAAUGCCUCCGUGCUGCUUCCGGCCUUCUACAACACUCGCAACACAGAUGUCUCCAUCCGGGUCCGGUACGCCUUGGAUGACUUUGAAUCCCAGCAGUCUGUCUACUUUUUCCACCCGCAGUAUCUCAUCAACCUCUCGCGCUAUUGGCUGAAUCAAGGGGUGCGGGCCAAGCGCAUCAGCACCGGCCUGAUCCUUGUGACGGCAGCGUUGGAGCUGUGCGAAGAAGUGCACCUUUUUGGAUUCUGGGCUUUCCCCAUGAACCCCUCAGGGAUAUAUAUAACCCAUCAUUACUACGACAACGUCAAACCUCGCCCGGGAUUCCACGCCAUGCCUUCAGAAAUCUUCAACUUUCUCCAUAUGCACAGCAAAGGGAUUUUGAGGGUUCACACGGAUGCCUGCAAUUGCUGUUGAUGGGAGCAGCUGUAUGAUAGUUCUUGUGCUACAUAAACAAGAAGGAAGAGGACAGAAGAGGACCUCUGAGCCUUUGGAACCAAUCCAUGUGGUUGUUUUUGAGGCACAAACAAUCUCCACGAAGUGGUUUUUGUCUCCUUCCAAUGUUGUCAUCUUUCAAAUGUGCCCCCAUGGUAAAGUUUAAGUUACCAUGUUCCAGAGGGGGGGAAAUAGUCAUGACUGUGUGAAUUAGUCCAGGACAUUCAAUGCAGCAGAACUUUAAUAUAUUGAGAUUUAUGCAAUAGUGGUUGAAAAUGUACAGUUCUUCGGUGGCUUUUAGCCUUUCUUGAGAGCUGGUGUUUCCAGCACCUUCCCUUACUAGUCACUUGUGUAGGCAUUAGCAAGCCUUGUCCUGGUCCCCUCCAUAUACAUUGGAGUGCAGCUCCAUCAUCUUCAGCCAAGAAAGGCCGGGGAUGGGAGUUGUAGACUAACACAUCUCAAGGACAUUAGUUCAGGAAGAAAGUGCCAUAGGGUUUUUGCCAUUUGGGUGAAGCUCUUUUAGAGCAGGCCUGCACAACUUGUGGACCUCCAGGUGUUUGCAACUCCAGAAGCCCUAGACAGCAUUUCCAGUGGUCAGGAAUUCUGGGAUCUGAAGGCCAAAAAAGACCUCACAGGCUAUAAAUUGUGCAGGCCUGAUUGGGAGAAAUCCACAUACUGUCCUAGAACUCAUAGGGAAUCAACAAGCACAUUCAGCUAGAAGUUAUAGAGACACAGCACAUCAUUGUAGUGAGCCAUUAAUCUAGCUCCAUGAAGCACCAAACCUGAGUGUCCUCAGCAAAGGACAGGACCUAGGCUUGCUGUUCUUAGACUGUGGUAUUCAUGCCUGUAUGAUUUAUCAGGUGAUGCACCAAAUACUGUGAGGGACAUUGUUUUUGUAUAACAUGCCAUGAGGUCCAUUGACUUCCAUCCUAAUUUCCUACAUGCACCACUGUUAAUGAAGAAUAUAUAUUUUAAAACACUGCUCUUCUGUCUUGUGGUGCAGAACCCAAUUCUUAUCUUUUCCAUGGGCACAUCCAGACUGAUUGGAAAAAAUCCCAGAUUUUGCUCUCGUUCCCCUCUCCCUAUCUGAGUUAGUACCAUGUAUGGAUCUUAAAAAUAAAACCAGGAAGAACAGGAACAGAAUCUGGGACUUUGAGGUUUUAUGAAUCAGUCUGGAUUACCCUUAUGUUGUUUCUGCCCCACGUACCAAAUUUUCUGUCAUGGUCAAGAACAGUCGGCCCUCUGCAUUUGCGGGUUUGACUUACAUGGAUUUGACCAUUCAUGGAUUUAAUUAAGAUAGUUUCUCAAGAAAUCUGUUUUUCUGUGCAGUUCUAUGGUCAUGUUCAACUCCAAGUUGACCACAAAGUUGUGCUGAAGGAUCUAGAGAUUCCCAGAAAAACCCUUCUCUAGAUAUUUGUAACUCCUCCAAUGAAAUUUUGUCGUCAACUUCUGCUUGGUCAUAGUCUCUUGUUGAAGGAUCUAAAGAUUCCUAGAUAGGUUUUCUGUCAGUUUUUUUUAAAAAAAUAGUAUAUUUUUUGAUUUGCAGUUUUCCUCUUUCAAGGGGGUUCUGUGACCCUAAACCCAGUAAACGUGGAAGACUGGCUGUACUUUGUGAACUGACAUAUGCCUGUAAUUUCAAGGAAUCUAAAAGUACCUUGGCACCAACGUUUUCCUUUAUGUAGCAAAUAAGAUUAUUUUUUUAAUGGAAAAUUAAAGUUGUGAGUGUAGAUUGUGGGGAUGGGAACAUUUGUCCAUGCAAAAACCAUAUUCCUGCAUUAAUUUGCCACUGGCAGAAUCAUUCUUUUGGAUCACAUUUGCCAAAGUUCUACCAAAAGGCAUGGCAUGGCACAUGAAUUUCUUGUUCAUAAACAAUUCAGAUCUAGAGCUUGGGAAAGUGACUUUAGCAGACUAUUUUAUUUAUCAUGUCAGGAGCAAAUUGAGGGUACAGUUAUAAUGUAUUUAAAAACACAUUUUUUAAAAAAACUUGGCAUUAUACUAAAUGUCCUUUGACCAGUAGUUGGCCACUUGGAGUGCUUCUGGUGUUGCUAUAAGACGGUCCUCCCUUGUGCAUGUGGCAGGGCUCAGGCUGCAUUGUAAUAGAUGGUCUGUGGUUUGCUCUUCUCCACACUCGCAUGUCGUGGACUCCACUUUAUAGCCCCAUUUCUUAAGGUUGGCUCUGCAUCUUGUAGUGCCAGGGUGCAGUCUGUUUAGCACCUUCCAAAUUGCCCAGUUUUCUGUGUGCCCAGGAGAGAGUCUCUCAUUUGGUAUUAGCCAUGGCUUGAGGCUCCAAGUUUUAGCCUGCCACUUUUGGACUCUCACUUGCUGAGGUGUACCUGCGAAUAUCUCUGUAGAUCUUAGAAAAGUAUUUUGCAGACUAUAACUAACAAAAUCCCUUCUUGGGUGCAGGAUUUUCUAAGCUCUGUCCAAAUCCAUCAAUAGUCUGGAUUCGUUAGAAAUGUGGAAACGCUCCUUGGUGGAAGAGCGAAGGCAGAAUUUUGUAGAAGUUUUCCCAAGUUUUGACUCAUGCAAAGAACUCUGUAGUUGCCAUGCUCACUUCAUUGUGGUUUUUCUCAGAAGAAUCUUCUGAGGCCAUGAAUUUGCUCUGGGCUUUAGUAGUAGCUGUCAAAGAACUGGAUCCCAUCCCCUGGAAUAUUGGGUGGAAGAGUAGAAAUUUAGCACAAAGAUAUAUAAUAAACCGCAACUCCUAAUGAGAGACAGUUCACCCUGUGUCAAGAACAACAGACUCCAAUUACAACAGUGACCUCCAACCCAGCACAUUAUUUUCCUGGUAGGGGUCAUGUGACACAUUCUUAUCAGAAAUUUUGGAAGCACAGCCAUCUCCAUCUGAUUCUCUUCUCUAUUGGGAAUCAAGCUUACCCUGAUAAAGUUUCGCCUCUUCCCUAUGCACAAGCAUAGCCAAGUUUUCCUUGGCUUUGUCACUGGUGACUUCCAUUCCAGUGGUCAAUGAAUUCAUUCUGGGUUUAACUCCACAGAUUCAAGAAAUGAUCCAAGUUGUUGGACCUAUUUUUGGCAGUUAGGCUUCAGAACCUUGGACAGUUCUUUUAAAGUUUGAACUUCACCCAAGCUGGAGCUACACUGCUGUAUAAUGCAGGUUAACUCCAUUGAACUGGAUUAUAUGGCAGUAUAGAUCUAGCCCCAGAGAAGAUUCAUUGAUCAACUGACAGAAGGCACUAUUUAUGACUAACUCACCCAACAGACUAUGCAAAACCCUUAGCUAUCUGCCUCCUAUUUUGUUUUACUAUUGUGCUCCAUUGCUUUCCUGAUCCGUUCCCCUGAGGACACCUGAGGGAGGAAGAAGGGAGUUAUGUCAGUUUCAGCAUGCAGAGAGAUUGUGUAUCUUUCAUCUUGGCUGAGAAGAGAAAAUUGUAGCUGGUGCAACUUUUUUUUUUAAAAAAAAUACUGAUCCUGAGAUCUAAAAAACAAUUAACCCAAAUCCUCACCCCUCAGGAACCACUAAAGCAACAUUUAAGGAAUGGUGUCUGAUCAUAGGCAGAAAUACAUUCCACAGACUUGAAACUCAUUCUGGAAUUAUAGUGUUAAUUUAGCCUAUUCCAAAUUGGGAUCUUACAACGAAGAGAAUCUUAUCAUGGAUAUCUCCCUCUGUGCAACUCUUCCCAUGCUCUGAGUUCUGAUAGCGAAGUAAUUGCAAUGCUUUGGGUUUGGAUAGAGAGGAAACACGUAUUUCCAUCAAGGUGGGCAUAGUCCCCUGAAACCUCUGCCAGGCCAUCAAAAACUUCCAAGAUCUAAAGAUAUUAAAAUGGAAUGAUUUUCAGGCAUUUUUGCCCCCCAGUCAUGCAAGAAUUGGAAUGCAAUUCAUGGGAACCUACAACACAAUGCAUGGAAAACAUACAAAAAUGAUUUUUAAAAUCCUCUACUCUAUCAAUGGAAUCUGUUUCUCCAUUGAGGUAUCAUCUACCUGAUCUGCUGGGGUGAGUCUGGCUCCAAGGAUGCUGCAAAUUUUGACAGGACAGGUCUCAGAACCAAGGAACGAUGGUGUAGGAGAAGCUGUUACUUUCCUAACUUCUGGGAGAAUUGGAUAAUAGUCACUCUGGCAUUAAGGAUGUCCAGGUUCAACCACCCCAUCAGAGAAGGAGUUCAUUGUGUUGACUUUGAAUUAGUUGCUUUUAGCCUGACCAACCUCAUGCGGUUGUGGGGAUAAAAUGGAAGGACUUACAAGUGGCUUAAAAUUAAGACAGAUAUAUAGUAAUGAACAGAGAGUAUAAUGAUGGAGAGCCAAAAUGAUGCAGUAGUUUGACUCCUGGACUCAGUCUCUAAGAAACAAGGAUUGGAAUCCCAUCUUGGCCAUGGAAACCCAUUGGGUGACCUUAGGCAAGUCUCACUUUCUCAGCCUCAGAGGAAGACAAUGGCAAACCCCUUCUAAACAAAUCUUGCUCCCCAAACUCUUGUUGUUUUAGGUUGGAAGCAACUUGAAAGGCAUGCAAUGAUGGUGUUGAUGGUGAUGAUGAAUGUUUCUAGUUUGGAUAUGGUAGUCAGAGGAGGCACUCAGAAAAGUUUAGUUUUGACAACUCCUAGAAUGCCAAAACUAGCAUGGAUACAGGCCAUGUUGGUUAGGGAAUUCUGUGAGCUUUACCACAAAAAGGUAACUUCUCCAAGCUCCAGACCUCCUCCAUGUACAAGCUGCUUUGAAGCCUUCAAAAUCCCUUUGAGCCACCAAAUGCUCAUAGUCAUUGAUCUCUUAGGGCUGAUUAAUUGAUCCAUCUCCUUUGACUCUAUUCCUAGUCAAAUUCUUGACUGGCAAGAAUUUAGUAUUCACUUUAAAGAUAAAAGAGAAGCUUCUUACUCAUUGUAGAAUUAUUUUAUUAUUCAAAUGCCCUCUGAUGACUCAAUGAAAUCUCAAUCUUUCAAAAACAAGAAUGGGCAGAACAUUGCAUAAUGCAUAGUACUUUGGAAAACAUGAUGAUGACCCUAAGGUGGACGUAUCAUGGUAAUUUCCUGGCAAUAUUUCUUCAUAUGGAUUUUUUGAGUCCGAGAGAGUUCAACUUGUCCAAAACCACCUAGUGGGUUUCCAUUGGCUGAGCAGGGAUUCAUACUCUGGAAUUCAGGGUCCACCAAAAACCAUGACACUACACUGGCUCCAGAAGAGGACAAAACGACUUUAGAUUUCUCAUUACGCCUUAUUUAUUACAUAUGAUUAUUAGUCAGGGAUGAGGUCCCUUUGUCUUAAAAGUAUCAUUCAUUAUAUAUUUCCUUGUAUUCAUUACAGGCCUUCCUAAAGAAAAAGUAAAGGAGGAAAGAAUACCCCACAGCGUUGAUUAGACCAGUUCCUUCCUAUUUUGAGGGUUGUCUUAACCUUCUGCUAUUAACAUAACUUAAAGUGCAGAAGACCCUUCACAUUUGCAGAAUUAAUUUUUGCAUAUUCUUUUGUUUGUGAAUGUGGGUAAACUGUUCUAUUUAGGAAUCUGUAGGUCCUCCAGCAUGACUUGAUGGUCAAUUUCUGCUGAAAGCCAAUCAUAGGCUCAUGUUGGAAGAGAUUCCUUCUCUAGGAAUUUCUAGGUCUUCCUGUAUAAUUCUGCGAUCAACUUCCUCUGGACCACACAGGAUGACCUAGAGAUCCCUAGAGAAAUGUUAUCUCAAGUAAAAACAAAUAACAAUUUUAUUAUUUGUGAUUUUUCACUCUUGUGGGGGUUCUGUGCACCUAAACCCAGUAACCAUGGGGGGCGGACUAUAUACAUUUAUUUAAUAUAUAUUGUUGAAAAGGAAUCAUAUUCUUGGUCCCGCUUAGAUACAAGAAAGAGCACUUUAUUGGUUUCUUGAUGAUCUCAUUGACUAACCAUUUGCUAAAAUAGUUGACCUUAUAGUUUUAUUACUUUGAUGUAUAUUUUCUUAACUUUACUGUAAGAGGAGAAAGAAAGCCUAUAAGUUGAUGUAAGCCAUAACUUUAAAAACAGCAAUCAGGGUAUUUUCAUCCUUCACUGUGUCAUUGUAUUUGGAGGAUAAUUUAAUGUGUUAACAAAUAAACCAGUUCUAUCAGUUCCAUUUGGGAGAAAAGGAA